GUGACUGAGACCAAACUAGACGUGAAACAACUCGAGGCCAAGCCAGUUUCGCCAGUCGAUGAGGCCAAGCCUGCUGAGGUUGAGAAAGCAGUUUCACCAGUUGCUGAUGAAACCAAAGAAAUUGAAGCAGUAGAAGAAAUUGUUACUGAGACCAAACUUGACGAAAAACAACCAGAGGCUAAGCCAGUUUCUCCUGUCGAUGAGGCCAAGCCUGCUGAGGUUGAGAAAGCAGUUUCACCAGUUGCUGAUGAAACCAAAGAAAUUGAAGUAGUAGAAGAAAUUGUGACUGAGACCAAACUUGACGAAAAACAACUCGAGGCCAAGCCAGUUUCGCCUGUCGAUGAGGCCAAGCCUGCUGAGGUUGAGGAAGCAGUUUCACCAGUUGCUGAUGAAACUAAGGAAAUUGAAGAGGUAGAAAAAAUUGUGACUGAGACCAAACUAGAUGUGAAACAACUCGAGGCCAAGCCAGUUUCGCCUGUCGAUGAGGCCAAGCCUGCUGAGGUUGAGAAAGCAGUUUCACCAGUUGCUGAUGAAACUAAAGAAAUUGAAGAAGUAGAAGAAAUUGUUACUGAGACCAAACUUGACGAAAAACGACUCGAGGCUAAGCCAGUUUCGCCUAUCGCUGAGGCCAAGCAAGCUGAGGUUGAGAAGCCAGUUUCACCAGUUGCUGAUGAAACUAAGGAAAUUGAAGAAGUAGAAAAAAUUGUGACUGAGACCAAACUAGACGAAAAACAACUCGAGGCCAAGCCAGUUUCGCCUGUCGAUAAGGCCAAGCCUGCUGAGGUUAACAGAGCAGUUUCACCAGUUGCUGAUGAAACUAAGGACAUUGAAGAAGUAGAAGAAAUUGUGACUGAGACCAAACUUGACGAAAAACAACUCGAGGCCAAGACAGUUACGCCAGUCGUUGAGGCCAAGCCUGCUGAGGUUGAGAAAGCAGUUUCACCAGUUGCUGAUGAAACUAAGGAAAUUGAAGAGGUAGAAGAAAUUGUGACUGAGACCAAACUUGACGAAAAACAACUCGAGGCUGAGCCAGUUACGCCUGUUGCUGAGGCCAAGCCUGCUGAGGUUGUGAAGCCAGUUUCACCAGUUGCUGAUGAAACUAAGGAAAUUGAAGAGGUAGAAAAAAUUGUGACUGAGACCAAACUAGACGUGACACAACUCGAGGCCAAGUCAGUUUCGCCUGUCGAUGAGGCCAAGCCUGCUGAGGUUGAGAAAGCAGUUUCAGCAGUUGCUGAUGAAACUAAGGAAAUUGAAGAGGUAGAAGAAAUUGUGACUGAGACCAAACUAGACGAAAAACAACUCGAGGCCAAGCCUGCUGAGGUUGAGAAAGCAGUUUCACCAGUUCCUGAUGAAACUAAAGAAAUUGAAGGAGUAGAAGAAAUUGAAGAAGAAGAAGAAAUGACUGAGACCAAACUUGACGAAAAACAACUCGAGGCCAAGCCAGUUUCUCCUGUCGAUGAGGCCAAGCCUGCUGAGGUUGAGAAAGCAGUUUCACCAGUUGCUGAUGAAACUAAGGAAAUUGAAGAGGUAGAAGAAAUUGUGACUGAGACCAAACUAGACGUGACACAACUCGAGGCUAAGCCAGUUACGCCUGUCGCUGAGGCCAAGUCUGCUGAGGUUGAGAAGGCAGUUUCACCAGUUGCUGAUGAAACUAAGGAAAUUGAAGAGGUAGAAAAAAUUUUUACUGAGACCAAACUAGACGUGACACAACUCGAGGCUAAGCCAGUUUCGCCAGUCGAUGAGGCCAAGCCUGCUGAGGUUGAGAAAGCAGUUUCACCAGUUGCUGAUGAAACUAAGGAAAUUGAAGAGGUAGAAGAAAUUGUUACUGAAACCAAACUUGACGAAAAACAACUCGAGGCUAAGCCAGUUUCUUCUGUCGAUGAGGCCAAGCCUGCUGAGGUUAAGAAAGCAGUUUCACCAGUUGCUGAUGAAACCAAAGAAAUUGAAGUAGUAGAAGAAAUUGUUACUGAGACCAAACUUGACGAAAAACAACUCGAGGCCAAGCCAGUUUCGCCUGUCGAUGAGGCCAAGCCUGCUGAGGUUGAGGAAGCAGUUUCACCAGUUGCUGAUGAAACUAAGGAAAUUGGAGAGGUAGAAAAAAUUGUGACUGAGACCAAACUAGACGUGAAACAACUCGAGGCCAAGCCAGUUUCGCCUGUCGAUGAGGCCAAGCUUGCUGAGGUUGAGAAAGCAGUUUCACCAGUUGCUGAUGAAACAAAAGAAAUUGAAGAAGUAGAAGAAAGUGUUACUGAGACCAAACUUGACGAAAAACAACUCGAGGCCAAGCCAGUUACGCCUGUCGCUGAGGCCAAGCCUGCUGAGGUUGAGAAGCCAGUUUCACCAGUUGCUGAUGAAACUAAGGAAAUUGAAGAAGUAGAAAAAAUUGUGACUGAGACCAAACUAGACGAAAAACAACUCGAGGCCAAGCCAGUUUCGCCUGUCGAUGAGGCCAAGCCUGCUGAGGUUGAGAAAGCAGUUUCACCAGUUGCUGAUGAAACUAAGGAAAUUGAAGAGGUAGAAGAAAUUGUUACUGAGACCAAACUAGACGUGAAACAACUCGAGGCUAAGCCAGUUUCGCCAGUCGAUGAGGCCAAGCCUGCUGAGGUUGAGAAGCCAGUUUCACCAGUUGCUGAUGAAACUAAGGAAAUUGAAGAGUUAGAAAAAAUUGUGACUGAGACCAAACUAGACGUGAAACAACUCGAGGCCAAGCCAGUUUCGCCUGUCGAUGAGGCCAAGCCUGCUGAGGUUGACAAAGCAGUUUCACCAGUUGCUGAUGAAACUAAGGAAAUUGAAGAGGUAGAAGAAAUUGUUACUGAGACCAAACUUGACGAAAAACAACUCGAGGCCAAGCCAGUUUCGCCUGUCGAUGAGGCCAAGCCUGCUGAGGUUGAGAAAGCAGUUUCACCAGUUGCUGAUGAAACUAAGGAAAUUGAAGAGGUAGAAAAAAUUGUGACUGAGACCAAACUAGACGUGAAACAACUCGAGGCCAAGCCAGUUUCGCCUGUCGAUGAGGCCAAGCCUGCUGAGGUUGAGAAAGCAGUUUCACCAGUUGCUGAUGAAACAAAAGAAAUUGAAGAAGUAGAAGAAAUUGUUACUGAAACCAAACUUGACGAAAAACAACUCGGGGCUAAGCCAGUUACGCCUGUCGAUGAGGCCAAGCCUGCUGAGGUUGAGAAAGCAGUUUCACCAGUUGCUGAUGAAACUAAGAAAAUUGAAGAGGUAGAAAAAAUUGUGACUGAGACCAAACUAGACGUGAAACAACUCGAGGCCAAGCCAGUUUCGCCUGUCGAUGAGGCCAAGCCUGCUGAGGUUGAGAAAGCAGUUUCACCAGUUGCUGAUGAAACUAAAGAAAUUGAAGAAGUAGAAGAAAUUGUUACUGAGACCAAACUUGACGAAAAACAACUCGGGGCUAAGCCAGUUACGCCUGUCGAUAAGGCCAAGCCUGCUGAGGUUGAGAAAGCAGUUUCACCAGUUGCUGAUGAAAGUAAGGAAAUUGAAGAGGUAGAAAAAAUUGUGACUGAGACCAAACUAGACGUGAAACAACUCGAGGCCAAGCCAAUUUCGCCUGUCGAUGAGGCCAAGCCUGCUGAGGUUGAGAAAGCAGUUUCACCAGUUGCUGAUGAAACAAAAGAAAUUGAAGAAGUAAAAGAAAUUGUUACUGAGACCAAACUUGACGAAAAACAACUCGAGGCCAAGCCAGUUUCGCCUGUCGAUGAGGCCAAGCCUGCUGAGGUUGAGGAAGCAGUUUCACCAGUUGCUGAUGAAACUAAGGAAAUUGAAGAGGUAGAAGAAAUUGUGACUAAGACCAAACUAGACGUGACACAACUCGAGGCCAAGCUAGUUUCGCCUGUCGAUGAGGCCAAGCCUGCUGAGGUUGAGAAAGCAGUUUCACCAGUUGCUGAUGAAACUAAGGAAAUUGAAGAGGUAGAAAAAAUUGUGACUGAGACCAAACUAGUCGUGAAACAACUCGAGGCCGAGCCAGUUUCGCCUGUCGAUGAGGCCAAGCCUGCUGAGGUUGAGAAAGCAGUUUCACCAGUUGCUGAUGAAACAAAAGAAAUUGAAGAAGUAAAAGAAAUUGUUACUGAGACCAAACUUGACGAAAAACAACUCGAGGCCAAGCCAGUUUCGCCAGUCGAUGAGGCCAAGCCUGCUGAGGUCGAGGAAGCAGUUUCACCAGUUGCUGAUGAAACUAAGGAAAUUGAAGAGGUAGAAGAAAUUGUGACUAAGACCAAACUAGACGUGAAACAACUCGAGGCCAAGCCAGUUUCGCCAGUCGAUGAGGCCAAACCUGCUGAGGUUGAGAAAGCAGUUUCACCAGUUGCUGAUGAAACUAAAGCAAUUGAAGAAGUAGAAGAAAUUGUGACUGAGACCAAACUUGACGAAAAACAACUCGAGGUUAAGCCAGUUACGCUUGUCGCUGAGGCCAAGCCUGCUGAGGUUGAGAAGCCAGUUUCACCAGUUGCUGAUGAAACUAAGGAAAUUGAAGAGGUAGAAAAAAUUGUGACUGAGACCAAACUAGACGUGAAACAACUCGAGGCCAAGCCAGUUUCGCCUGUCGAUGAGGCCAAGCCUGCUGAGGUUGAGAAAGCAGUUUCACCAGUUGCUGAUGAAACUAAGGAAAUUGAAGAAGUAGAAGAAAUUGUUACUGAGACCAAACUUGACGAAAAACAACUCGAGGCUAAGCCAGUUACGCCUGUCGAUGAGGCCAAGCCUGCUGAGGUUAAGAAGCCAGUUUCACCAGUUGCUGAUGAAACUAAGGAAAUUGAAGAGGUAGAAAAAAUUGUGACUGAGACCAAACUAGACGUGACACAACUCGAGGCUAAGCCAGUUUCGCCAGUCGAUGAGGCCAAGCCUGCUGAGGUUGAAAAAGUAGUUUCACCAGUUGCUGAUGAAACUAAGGAAAUUGAAGAAGUAGAAGAAAUUGUGACUGAGACCAAACUAGACGAAAAACAACUCGAGGCCAAGCCAGUUACGCCUGUCGCUGAGGCCAAGCCUCGUGAGGUUGAGAAGGCAGUUUCACCAGUUGCUGAUGAAACUAAGGAAAUUGAAGAGGUAGAAAAAAUUGUGAGUGAGACCAAACUAGACGUGACACAACUCGAGGCUAAGCCAGUUUCGCCAGUCGAUGAGGCCAAGCCUACUGAGGUUGAAAAAGCAGUUUCACCAGUUGCUGAUGAAACUAAGGAAAUUGAAGAAGUAGAAGAAAUUGUGACUGAGACCAAACUUGACGAAAAACAACUAGAGGCCAAGCCAGUUUCGCCAGUCAAUGAGGCCAAGCCUGCUGAGGUUGAGAAAGCAGUUUCACCAGUUGCUGAUGAAACUAAGGAAAUUGAAGAAGUAGAAGAAAUUGUGACUGAAACAAAACUUGACGUGAAACAACUUGGGGCCAAGCCAGUUUCGCCUGUCGCUGAUGCCAAGCCUGCUGAGGUUGAGAAAGCAGUUUCACCAGUUGCUGAUGAAACUAAGGUAAUUGAAGAAGUAGAAGAAAUUGUGACUGAAACUAAACUUGACGAAAAACAACUGAAACUCGAGGCCAAGCCAGUUUCGCCUGUCGCUGAGACCAAGCCUGCUGAGGUUGAGAAAGCAGUUUCACCAGUUGCUGAUGAAACUAAGGAAAUUGAAGAGGUAAAAGAAAUUGUUACUGAGACCAAACUAGACGAAAAACAACUCGAGGCCAAGCCAGUUUCGCCAGUCGAUGAGGUCAAGCCUGCUGAGGUUGUGAAAGCAGUUUCACCAGUUGCUGAUGAAACUAAGGAAAUUGAAGAAGUAGAAGAAAUUGUGACUGAGACCAAACUUGACGAAAAACAACUUGGGGCCAAGCCAGUUUCGCCUGUCGCUGAUGCCAAGCCUGCUGAGGUUGAGAAAGCAGUUUCACCAGUUGCUGAUGAAACUACGGUAAUUGAAGAAGUAGAAGAAAUUGUGACUGAAACUAAACUUGACGAAAAACAACUGAAACUCGAGGCCAAGCCAGUUUCGCCUGUCGCUGAGACCAAGUCUGCUGAGGUUGACAGAGCAGUUUCACCAGUUGCUGAUGAAACUAAGGACAUUGAAGAAGUAGAAGAAAUUGUGAUUGAGACCAAACUUAACGAAAAACAACUCGAGGCCAAGACAGUUACGCGAGUCGUUGAGGCCAAGCCUGCUGAGGUUGAGAAGGUAGUUUCACCAGUUGCUGAUGAAACUAAGGAAAUUGAAGAGGUAGAAGAAAUUGUGACUGAGACCAAACAAGAAGUGAAACAACUCGAGGCCAAGCCAGUUUCACCUGUCGCUGAGGCCAAGCCUGCUGAGGUUGAGAAAGCAGUUUCAGCAGUUGCUGAUGAAACUAAGGAAAUUGAAGAAGUAGAAGAAAUUGUGACUGAGACUAAACUUGACGAAAAACAUCUUGAGGGCAAGCCAGUUUCGCCUGUCGAUGAUGCCAAGCCUGCUGAGGUUGAGAAAGCAGUUUUACCAGUUGCUGAUGAAACUAAGGAAAUUGAAGAAGUAGAAGAAAUUGUGACUGAGACUACAUUUGACGAAAAACAACUUGGGGCCAAGCCAGUUUCGCCUGUCGCUGAUGCCAAGCCUGCUGAGGUUGAGAAAGCAGUUUCACCAGUUGCUGAUGAAACUAAGGAAAUUGAAGAAGUAGAAGAAAUUUUGACUGAUACUAAACAUGACGUGACACAACUCGAGGCCAAGCCAGUUUCGCCAGUCGAUGAGGCCAAGCCUGCUGAGGUUGAGAAAACGAUUUCACCAGUUGCUGAUGAAACUAAGGAAAUUGAAGAGGUAGAAAAAAAUGUUACUGAGACCAAACUAGACGUGAAACAACUCGAGGCCAAGCCAGUUUCGCCUGUCGAUGAGGCCAAGCCUGCUGAGGUUGAGAAAGCAGUUUCACCAGUUGCUGAUGAAACUAAGGAAAUUGAAGAAGUAGAAGAAAUUGUGACUGAGACCAAACUAGACGUGACACAACUCGAGGCCAAGCCAGUUUCGCCAGUCGCUGAGGCCAGGCCUGCUGAGGUUGAGAAAGCAGUUUCACCAGUUGCUGAUGAAACUAAGGACAUUAAAAAGGUAGAAGAAAUUGUGACUGAGACCAAACUUGACGUGACCCAACUCGAGGCCAAGCCAGUUUCGCCAGUCGAUGAGGCCAAGCCUGCUGAGGUUGAGAGAGCAGUUUCACCAGUUGCUGAUGAAACUAAGGAAAUUGAAGAAGUAGAAGAAAUUGUGACUGAGACCAAACUUGACGAAAAACAACUCGAGGCCAAGCCAGUAUCGCCUGUCGCAGAGGCCAAACCUGCUGAGGUUGAGAAAACAGUUUCACCAGUUGCUGAUGAAACAAAGAAAAUUGAAGAAGCAGAAGAAAUUGUGACUGAAACUAAGCUUGACGAGAAACAACUCGAGGCCAAGUCAGUUUCGCCAGUCGAUGAGGCCAAGCCUGCUGAGGUUGAGAAAGCAGUUUCACCAGUUGCUGAUGAAACUAAGGACAUUGAAAAGGUAGAAGAAAUUGUGACUGAGACCAAACUUGACGUGAAACAACUCGAGGCCAAGCCAGUUUCGCCAGUCGAUGAGGCCAAGCCUGCUGAGGUUGAGAAAGCAGUUUCACCAGUUGCUGAUGAAACUGAGGAAAUUGAAGAGGUAGAAGAAAUUGUGACUGAGACCAAACUUGACGAAAAACAACUCGAGGCCAAGCCAGAUACGCCAGUCGCUGAGACCAAGUCUGCUGAGGUUGAGACACCAGUUUCACCAGUUGCUGAUGAAAAUAAGGAAAUUGAAGAGGUACAAGAAGUAGUGCCGGAGACCAAACUUGACGAAAAACAACUCAAGGCCAAGCCAGUUUCGCCAGUCGCUGCGGCCAGGCCUGCUGAGGUUGAGAAAUCAAUUUCACCAGUUUCUGAUGAAACCAAAGAAAUUGAAGAGGUAGAAGAAAUUGUUACUGAGAACAAACUUGACGAAAAACAACUCGAGGCCAAGCCAGUUACGCCAGUCGCUGAGACCAAGCCUGCUGAGGUUGAGAAAGCAGUUUCACCAGUUGCUGAUGAAACUGAGGAAAUUGAAGUAGAAGAAAUUGUGACUGAGACCAAACUUGAUGAAAAACAACUAGAGGCCAAGCCAGUUACGCCAGUCGAUGAGGCCAAGCCUGCUGAGGUUGAGAAAGCAGUUUCACUAGUUGCUGAUGCAACUAAGGAAAUUGAAGAAGUAGAAGAAAUUGUGACUAAGACCAAAUUUGACGUGAAACAACUCGAGGCCAAGCCAGUUUCGCAGGUCCCUGAGGCCAAACCUGCUGAGGUUGAGAAAGCAGUUUCACCAGUUGCUGAUGAAACUAAGGAAAUUGAAGAAGUAGAAGAUAUAGUGACGGAGACCAAACUUGACGAAAAACAACUCGAGGCUGAUCCAGUUACGCCAGUCGCUGAGACCAAGCCUGCUGAGGUUGAGAAAACAGUUUCACCAGUUGCUGAUGAAACUGAGGAAAUUGAAGGAGUAGAAAAAAUUGUGACUGAGACCAAACUUGAUGAAAAACAACUAGAGGCCAAGCCAGUUACGCCAGUCGAUGAGGCCAAGCCUGCUGAGGUUGAGAAAGCAGUUUCACUAGUUGCUGAUGAAACUAAGGAAAUUGAAGAAGUAGAAGAAAUUGUGACUAAGACCAAAUUUGACGUGAAACAACUCGAGGCCAAGCCAGUUUCGCAGGUCCCUGAGGCCAAACCUGCUGAGGUUGAGAAAGCAGUUUCACCAGUUGCUGAUGAAACUAAGGAAUUUGAAGAGGUAGAAGAAAUUGUUACUGAGAACAAACUUGACGAAAAACAACUCGAGGCCAAGCCAGUUACGCCAGUCGCUGAGACCAAGCCUGCUGAGGUUGAGGAAGCAGUUUCACCAGUUGCUGAUGAAACUGAGGAAAUUGAAGUAGAAGAAAUUGUGACUGAGACCAAACAUGAUGAAAAACAACUAGAGGCCAAGCCAGUUUCGCCUGUCGCUGAGACCAAGUCUGCCGAGGUUGAGAAAGCAUUUUCACCAGUUGCUGAUGAAACUGAGGAAAUUGAAGAGGUAGAAGAAAUUGUGACUGAGACCAAACUUGACGAAAAACAACUCGAGGCCAAGCCAGAUACGCCAGUCCCUGAGACCAAGCCUGCUGAGGUUGAGAAAGCAGUUUCACCAGUUGCUGAUGAAACUGAGGAAAUUGAAGUAGAAGAAAUAGUGACUGAGACCAAACUUGACGAAAAACAACUAGAGGCCAAGCCAGUUAAGCCAGUCGAUGAGGCCAAGCCUGCUGAGGUUGAGAAAGCAGUUUCACCAGUUGCUGAUGAAACUGAGAAAAUUGAAGUAGAAGAAAUUGUGACUGAGACCAAACUUGACGAAAAACAACUCGAGGCCAAGCCAGUUACGCCAGUCGCUGAGACCAAGCCUGCUGGGGUUGAGAAAGCACUUUCAACAGUUGCUGAUGAAACUAAGGAAAUUGAAGAGGUAGAAGAAAUUGUUACUGAGACUAAACUUGACGUAAAACAACUCGAGGCCAAGCCAGUUUCGCCUGUCGUUGAGGCCAAGCCUGCUGAGGUUGAGAAAGCAGUUUCACCAGUUGCUGAUGAAACUAAGGAAAUUGAAGAAGUAGAAGAAAUUGUUACUAAGACUAAACUUGACGAAAAACUUGAGGCCAAGCCAGUUUCGCCUGUCGAUGAGGCCAAGCCUGCUGAGGUUGAGAAAACAGUUUCACCAGUUGCUGAUGAAACUAAGGAAAUUGAAGAGGUAGAAGAAGUUGUGACUGAGACCAAACUUGACGAAAAACAACUCGAGGCCAAGCCAGUUUCGCCAGUCGCUGAGAUCAAGCCUUCUGAGGUUGAGAAAGCAGUUUCACCAGUUGCUGAUGAAACUAAGGAAAUUGAAGAGGUAGAAGAAGUAGUGACGGAGACCAAACUUGACGAAAAACAACUUGAGGCCAAGCCAGUUUCGCCUGCCGCUGAGGCCAAGUCUGCUGAGGUUGAGGAAGCAGUUUCACCAGUUGCUGAUGAAACAAAGGAAAUUGAAGAGGUAGAAGAAAUUGUUACUGAGACCAAACUUGACGAAAAACAACUCGAGGCCAAGCCAGUUACGCCUGUCGUUGAGGCCAAGCCUGCUGAGGUUGAGAAAGCAGUUUCACCAAUUGCUGAUGAAACUAAGGAAAUUGAAGAAGUAGAAGAAAUUGUGACUGAGACCAAACUUGACGAAACACAACUCGAGGCCAAGCCAGUUUCGCCUGUCGAUGAGGCCAAGCCUGCUGAGGUUGAGAAAGCAGUUUCACCAGUUGCUGAUGAAACUAAGGAAAUUGAAGAGGUAGAAGAAAUUAUGACUGAGACCAAACUUGACGAAAAACAACUCGAGGCCAAGCCAGUUUCGCCUGUCGCUGAGGCCAAGUCUGCUGAGGUUGAGGAAGCAGUUUCACCAGUUGCUGAUGAAACUAAGGAAAUUGAAGAGGUAGAAGAAAUUGUUACUGAGACCAAACUUGACGAAAAACAACUCGAGGCCAAGCCUGCUGAGGUUGUGAAAGCAGUUUCACCAGUUGCUGAUGAAACUAAGGAAAUUGAAGAGGUAGAAGAAAUUGUGACUGAGACCAAACUAGACGUGAAAGAACUCGAGGGCAGGCCUGUUUCGCCUGUCGCUGAGGCCAAGCCUGCUGAGGCUGAGAAAGCAGUUUCAUCAGUUGCUGAUGAAACUAAGGAAAUUGAAGAGGUAGAAGAAAUUGUUACUGAGACCAAACUUGACGAAAAACAACUCGAGGCCAAGCCAGUUACGCCAGUCGAUGAGGCCAAGCCUGCUGAGGUUGAGAAAGCAGUUUCACCAGUUGCUGAUGAAACUAAGGAAAUUGAAGGGGUAGAAGAAAUUGUGACUGAGACCAAACUUGACGUGAAACAACUCGAGGCCAAGCCAGUUUCGCAAGUCAAUGAGACCAAGCCUACUGGGAUUGAGGAACCAUGUGUCUUAGUUAAUGACACAACCCAGAUUAAAGAAAUAGAACAAAUAUUGUCUAAGACCAAACUGACGGCAGAAAAUCAAGUAUUCAUACAAAGUCAGAAAAUAAUUACAAAGUCAGAAAAACCUAGUUGUUAUGCGAGUGUAGACAGUAAAAUGCAAAAAGAAUCAUUGCAGUUGACUUUAGGUGAAUCAAAAUUAUCGAUAGAUCAUUCGACAGAGUCUGUGAAUCUUUCAGAUACAGCGCAGGAGUCUGGGUAUGCUUUUGCUGUCAGCAAAAGACGUGAUUCAGAUAUGGAACGAACUUGCAAAUUAGAACUUUCCGCACCAUCUGAUCGAUCAGAUAUUACGGAAGAAUUCAAAAAAGAUGAAAUGGGAAAAGAUGAUUUACGGAAGAGCUCAUUUUCAGCUGUUGAAGGAUCAAUCUACGAUGACGAUUCCCCAUUGCUUACAGAUUUUACUACGUCUUCUAUAACUUACGUUAGUGAACGAAUUGAUUCAUCUUCACUUGAACUCAUGGCAGGAGAUAGCUUUGGAGACUAUUUGAAAGCAUCUGCUGCAACAACUGUAAAACCCGAUGAGAUAAAAAUUGAAGCACAAUCUCCUGGAUCGUGUAUUUCGGGUACUACAAACGUAAGUGAAACACUAGACUGUAGUAUACACGAAACCGAUAAAACGUUACAAACUAGUGGAUCGGUACAACAGGAUGUUCCGACAGAAUACGAAAAAUCAGUAUCACUAAGUGACAACGCUGCAUCCGAUUUCUCAACCGAGUCCACUACCAAGUAUAACUUACCCUAUGACGCAGAAUCUGAUAGCCAUGAUGUUUUAUCAGGCUUACCCAAAAUACGCGACGAACGCACAAAAGUAGAAGAAGUACAGGAUGUUAAGAUAAUGAAACCUUGCAAACUCAUGUCGAUGGACCCACGUCAUGAAUCCGCUUCACCACAAAGUGACAUUACCGAAUACACAGAAAGUGUAUCCUAUGUAGAGUCAAUUAUUGACAGUACAAAUUACGAGAACGCCUUAAAACAGAAAGAGAAGCAAUCUGAUCAACAAAAGCAGGAUGAAAAGCAUGAUACGCAGGAGAAGCAAUUAAUCAUAAAGAGUAAGAUAGAAUAUGAUGAAAAGAUCAUUAAAUGUACGGAAGAAACUGCUGCCGAAAAGAAAGAACUAACUCAGGUAAAGCAAAAACCUAAAACAAAAGCUACUGUGACAAAAAUAAGCUUGCAAAAGCAAACGCCUAUCGAAAUUUCUAAACAAUCUAGCAAAACCGUGGACAUCAAAUCAGCGUCUAAGAAUGUCGAGUACUCUUCCAGCACUAGUCGAACAACAACGGUUUCGCGCACUUAUACCAGCACCAGGACGCAUGGAUAUAUGCAGUCAACACUUUCGCGGGACCAAAAGGUUUUGAAGCCAAUUAAUUUAACCGAUUCGACGCAAUCUUCGCCGGCAAAGUCUUCCUACCGUUCUGCGUCGACUGGAUCGCAAUUAAUUGAGAAAAAAACCAAAUCUUCCAGAGAAACCCCCAGCAGCAAAUCAGUGAAAACAGCUACAAAACAUGCCAGUCAAAAUGACCCUGCCGAUUCUAGCACUGUGAAAAAACACGAACAGCAAAAACCAGCUAUUCAAGGCACGAAAUAUUCACAAAUUUCCACUGACCGUUCAGAUCGAACGACCAGAUCGUCAACGUCGUCCAUUACUAGCAGUACCAGCAAAUAUCAUCGCUCUAAAAAGUCGACCGAUCCGAUCGAGAAGCAAGAGCCUACAAUCAAAAAGGCUGACAAGGAGCAAGCAAAUCAGGCUACGAAAACUACAGUUAGUACUUCCAAAAGUACCAAGGAGCGUACCAAUAAAAGCUUGAUACCGGUGAAAGGCCCCAGUGCCAAAGGAUCACCACGAAAAGAUCAUUCAGCCAAAACAAACGCAGAAAAAACUACCGUCAAGAAGGUCAGCCAACCAACAGCAGAACGAACCACGCAAAUCAUGAUCAUUACUACAACUCAGUCCGUUGAUACGAGUGUGACCGAUGUGCAAACGACAACGUCAUCUAAGAUUGGUUUUGUCAAAACUGCACCUCGGGUUACAAAAACUGUACACAAGUCCGGAGAUUCGAAACAGGACGAUACGUACCGGUGCAAAUCUGCCAUGCACUACUCGUACAAAGAUGCCGUCACUUUUGACCACGCCGAAAUUCCGUCUUCUUUGCCAUCUAGUCCGAGCCGUCUCAAUAAGAGUUCCUCCAACAGUACAAAUGUGUUGACUAGUGAAGUUUUUACACGCACCAUCGACUCCUCGAAAUCGAUCGAAGUAAUUUACCGACAACCGUCGACUUCCAACGAAUUGAUACGUAAGAUUAACGAGUACCGAUACAAUGACAUAGACUUGACCACUGACUCGAGCCUUUCGGACUCAAUUGCCCUCCCGUCGUCAUCAUCUGAGCACGAAAACGACGUGCUAGGUAGGCGUAAACGAUCCGGAAGCCCUGCCUCACCCAAGGCGUACACUGCGACAUCGUCCGCACCGCCACCAUCUACGGGUACCGUAAGCCGUAAGCAGGGCCAAGUUGCAAGCGAUCAAAGAUAUCGUAAGUCGGACAUUUGGAUGCGUACCGGUCCCCCGCCGGAAGUGCUACCCGACGGUGACGAUGGUGAGAUCUAUCAGGCACUGCAUGCUGAUCGUCGCACUGUAGCAUCGCUUGACGGGAUCGUGCUGGAAAGUCGCAUCUCGCCGAUACUUGACUUCCGAGCAUCUACGCCGCCCCGUCUGAAGUAUAAGUUUGACUAUGAUAGUUCCCUGUUUACAGAUGACAAACAACAAGAAGACAAACAUACAUCGGCAAGUUUCGAAGGCGAAGAAUAUCUAAAUUUAGUACAGUCGGAAGCCAGUAAUUUAGUCGAUAGUAUAUUGGAGCAGAGCGUUUCGAUUGUUAGCUCUUCGCAGCUGCAGGCGAAUGCAGCGAUCGAUGCACAGGCUCAGUCGGAGAGCGAACAGUACGCAAUCCGUAGCGAUAUACUGUCGUCUAAUGAGGCUGACCUAGUCGUUAAGUCGCCCACCAUAGAAUCUAUGUCAGGCAAGUCUUUCGACGAUAACAUUAGCAAUCCCGACUAUGACAGUAGCGAGGCUAUCCAGCAGCUAGCCCAAUUCACUAUUACUCCUACUAGCGGUGAGACGGGAGAUGGUGCCGCGCCAACGGUCACCGACUCGCGGGAAUCCGUUGGCGAUGGCAUUGUCGACGACGCGGCGCAGAAGAAACGCCGCGCGAAGAAAAUCGAUCGACACUUUGCCCGACUCUCGUCCGAUAUUGAGCCAGAAGCCCUGCUUGACAAAAACCGCGAAUACGAUGAAGCCAUAGCCCAAAUCAAAGAUGAAGUUUCAAUGCUGCAGAGUGAAUUUUCGAAAAUGAGCUGGGAUGAAAGCAUUUCCGCUACUACCGGUGAUUUCGGUUCCAGUACUCCCGAUCAUGAUCUGCAAGAAACAGAUACGCAACUUCAAACAGAAAUAACCAUUCCAAAGCCAACGCCUAGAUCGCAAUCUAAUCUAAUCGCUGAUACUGAUGCCUCUGCUGCAACAAUCACAAGCGUCACUAGUACCACUACCACAAGCUCUGCUGCUGCUGCUGCUGCCUCUUCAUUAACCACUUCGGCCGCGCUAGGUACCAAGACUACCGAAGAUUAUGCGGCUUCCAUACUGGAAACUGAUCUGGACAAACCGUCGGCAUCGGUUGAUAUGAGUGAACUCUCUAGUAGCCAGGAACCGAUGCCGGUUCCAAGACCUCGAACUAGCAUCUCAUCACGUACGGACACGCAGACACGAUCAAGCAUCAUCGAGUCUUUCGACCAACCGGAGGAUUCCAUCGAACAGUAUCCGGAACCAAGUCAGCAACAACAGGAAUCGCUGGCAUCGGAAGAUCUUUCAGGUACGGCUCAAAAGGAUGUCGAUUUUGAAACCAGUGAUGAAGAUCAAUCUGCAGCGAAGUUUUACAUUGGUGAGAAGAGCACCGAUAUUAUCACUCGAACAUCUGCCGAUAAGCGAGCAGAUUUUGCUUUUGAUAACAUAGGCUAUGAGUACUCUAACGAAUCAUGUCCCGAAAGCGAGAAUGACGCAUUCAAAGCAUACCGCGGUCAGACGAAGAAAGAGGACGAAUUCACACUAAAAUCGUUACAGGAAGUCGAAAGCGGAGCGGCACUCGAUGCUGAAAUAAAAGCUGAAGUCAUCGAGGUGAUCGAAGGAGUUGAAAACGAGAAAACUUUCGAACUCGAUUUAGAUAGACCGAUAGGUUCGGCACGUCAACCGGUCGUACAUUCCCCUAUCAAGCCACAGGUUGCCACGUUGGUUGAGGGAGCCAAACCGCUCACGCAAACACUACCCGACGAAUCUUCCACUUAUCAUUACACAAAGCGCACAAUCGAUGAAUUGGUUAUCGAGAAAACACUGGAAGAAGUGAAAGAAUCCCUGGACGCUGUGCAGGAGGAACUGAUCGAGACUGUCGUCGAUGGAAAGUUACUAAAACAAUCGCCAUCAGAGUUUGAAUUUAAGGUUUUACCUUCGGCAAAGUACAUUCAAGACCCGAUCUAUGAAACCCAACAGGAGGAAGUAACGGCAGCUGUUACUGUAGUACCACAAACUGUCACAACAACUACCAUCCUUUCAGAACCCACCAGUCUAUCUGAAACCAAAGCACAAUCUUUCGAACAAAAAACAGCCGAAACCGAUGACAAAAUAUCACUCCUGAAAACCGGAGAGCUAAGCUCUCUGUCCUCUGAUAGUUCUCCAGCGAAGCUGGAAGUGUCAGCCCGCGUACGCACAACAACCUCACAUGCGAAAGGCAGUCGCUGGUCGGCAACGGACGUGGAUAGCUCUGGAGAAAGUCACUAUCAGAGUUUUGAACAUACCGACAGCAGCCGGCCAUUAUCGUCCGAUGUCGACAACCUUACGCAACAGUACGCUUCAUCAGAGUACGAAACCGCACUGGAUCACUCCAUUUUACCAGCAUCUACCGAAUUCCACAGCGCCGUCAGUACGUUAAAUUCAUACAACGUCAGCUCGCACGAUAGCAUGAAAAGUUUCGACUCGGAAAGCUCCGGUAAUCUGGCGAGUGGAGAGUCUGAGGCAACGGAAACCUUGGUUCCAUCUACGAUGGAUAUUGAUUUCGAUUCAGAAGAUGCAGCACUACUGCAUGAUGACUCCGAGGAUGACCUUCGAGACAAGCUCAUAGAACAUGAAGAACUUUCGGCUGUGUCUAAUGCAAUUCCGGUGGCAAUGAAGCGUUCCCAAGAGAUGAAUUUUACAACCGACUUGAGCAGCGACUUGCUCGCAGAUUCAUCGGACGUUUUCCAAUUCCAGGAAGAAGCUGAAAGGGUUGCUCAAGCCCACGCAGAACAAUUAAGCUCUAGCAUCGGAACCGCUUUGGAUCUGGUAGAAUCGAUGAAGGCAGCUAGCUUAGAGGAUGUUAAAGCAGAAGGCAUCGAGGAGGCUAAAUUAGGAACCAGUAUGGAGGACGGCAGUAUACUAUCUAUUAGUUUAUCCAGUGCCUCCAACUUGGAAACAAUCAUGGAGAAUUUACCGGAUAAAAUGGACAGCUUACCAACUCACGUCGAGGUUGGACUAGACGCGAUAACCCCCACUACAAGUAGCACCAAAGAAAUCAUCGGUGACAUCACGCUGACGUCCACUGUUGUCAAAGAAGGGGACAUCAACUUUCUGAAUACGCAGGCAACAACGGAGAUAGCGUCGGUCGAAUCAUCUGAAGAGACUUCCAAAAAACGAGGUCAUAAACGCACUGAGAGUACUAUCCCCGGUAAAUUACUAUCGGAAAUCGCCGCCGAAGCACGGGACUCGUUGGAUUCACAAGAGGACUCCAUCUCGCAGGAAGUUGCUGCCAAACAGUCCAGCUCGGAGCGAGAUGAAAUGCGCGAUGAAUCUUCCGAUUCCGAUUACGAUCGGUACGAAUCGGAAUAUGCACGAUCCUUCCGAGCUCCGCUGAACCAAGGACAGAAGAAGAAAAAGGAUAUCAUAGCGGACGGAUUCGAGGUGGACAUGGAACACGAUCGUAGAAAUUCGUUCUCGCCUUCGAGUGCAGUGAUCGAAACGAUCGUUGAAGAUAUUCAUGCUGAGAUCGAGCAGGGCAACGAAGCACAGCUGCUGAUGGACACUAAACGGGAAGAACUGCAGGAGUAUCAGCAAUCGUCAGUGCAGUGUAUUCCAGAUAUUCAGGUGACGGAGGACUUACAGCAGUACGAUUCAGACCAAGAGGAGAUUCCGCCGCAGCCACAAGAAACCGAACAAAAAAUUCAAUUCGCCAAACAAGAGGAGUUUAAAAUAAGUGAGGAACAGUACCAGGAGAUGAUAGAGCAAAAGUAUAAGUCCAAGAUGGCUGAUGUGGGAACCAAGUUUGAGUUUGAGGCAGAUGAUAAAGACGACUCAGCUGGGUCUGACUCAUUCGAAUUGUUAGAGCAACCAGAUAUAUCGGACGAAUUCGUGAUUGUCGAAGAAGUUGCCCGUGAAGCUCACGAAUGUGACACUGAGGGGAAAAGCGUUUCAAUUAAGCCUGUUAAGAAGGAAAAAAAGCACGACGAAGAAGUUGAAAAGUUACUAGUAAAAUCAGCACCCGCGCAUACCAACGCGGGUUCUUUGUAUGCCAACAUGAGAGAGGACAUGAUGUAUGACUUUGAGGAAAGUCCGCCGACCGGUAGCGAAGAUGUUGAUCCGAACGGAGUAACAAUGGAUCUGUUGAACAACGGAUAUCCACUAGAGGAGAGUAAACGCUGGGUUGAAAUGCAGCUGGCUGAGACUCAAAAUUUCCGCUACCCCCUGGAGGAUAGGCUGGAGGAUAUUAAGGAGGAGGAUACUGAUUUCGAAGUCGGCAGCAGCAGGAUUGGAAGCAUCAAAGAUUCCUUCUCCAGUACUCCAGAUUAUGAUAUGUUGGCUAAAAGACUUGCUUCGCGAGAACAUGAUGAUAUUUCGAUGAGCAGUUUGCAAGAGUUUGAAAACUUGGAGCAUGUAAUUUCGCUGGAAAAUAGAAAAAUGCAGCAAGGCUCGCAAGAUUCGUUGAGUAACGGUAGCUUCACCAGGAGAUUUAUGAGUCGUGGUCAUGGAGAUGAUAUUAGUUUGUCAAGUCUAAAGGAGUUUGAAGGAUUAGAGUCGGCCUGUUUGGAGGCGCAACGUAUUGAGAUAAAAGCUAAAGAAGAAGCUGCGCUUCUGUCGAGAUCAGACGAAUCGAACAAAUCGGACAAAUCGACGGGUUCCAAACGUAGUCCGCCUACUAACGGCACUAUCGUUAAGACAUCUUCGACAGUUAGCACAGUGACCACCGGACCGGAAAAGAGCACAACAAUUGAAGUCAAGACUGCGACCAGUGAAACCAGCAAGGACUCUGUGUCAACUACGACAACCGUAACCACGUUUACCACAAUAUCUCACGACAGUCCUAUAAGACAUGCGUUGGAUGAGGAAGAUACCUCGCAUAUGUUGACGGUAUCCACCGAUAGCCUAGAUGGAAGUCGAGUUCAGAAGCAAACCAUCAGCAAAGAUAGAUUACCGUCAGCACACUCCAGUAGUGACAGUUUAGAAAUCAACAAUAAAAAUAAUGUCGAUAUUAUGACUAGUAGCCUAGACUCGAUUGAGUUUUCCAAAGCCGGAGCAAUUACUACCAGAUCAUCGCAAUCGGAUUCCAUCGAACAGAUGGCGCUACAGCAAGCACAUCGAAGUGAUAGUACAGAUUCGAUUGAAAUGCAGCAUGCCAUCUCAUCGAGAGCUAGUGAGACCAAGCGUGACUCGCUAGAUUCCUUACCAUACAGUAUUGAAAAUAAGAGCGGUUUCAGUAGUCCUACCAAGCCUGUUGGAGGUCACCGAGGAACUACUUUAGAUGCAGCAGCUUUAACGGGAGCAGGCUCCAGCAGUAACCAAAUCACUUUGCAAGCAGGAAUGACGAAGGAUAUUUCUGUAGAUUCCCUUGCAGGACAAGAAGCAUUUUUGACAAGUACCGAAAGUUUGGAAACCAGUUCUACAGCUACCAAUGCGACCUACCAGAACGAAACCGACUCACAGAUGUCGUCCAGCGUCACAAGCUGCGGCUCAAUUACGAUGGUUGACACCCUGGAUAACGUCGGAGAUUUUGAAGGUUUUGGCCUACAGGAAAACAUCACUUUCAAGAGUAGCACUACAACAGCUUCCAGCUCCAGUUACUCUGGCCAGCAGCAGCAGCAGCAUCAUCAACAACAACAACAACAACAACAAUUUGUUACGCAAGCGUAUCGCGGCUCUUCAUCGACAACCACAACUACGACGAUGGGCGGCGCAACGGGAGAAUUCUCGAUUUCGGAAAUCGAACUGUUAAGUAGACAAAUGUACCCAGGGGAACUAACAUUCGACGAUGCAAAGGAGUCCGCUAAGGAGAAAUCGCAAAGCAAAACUACUGAAAAGGACGACUAAACACAACAACACACUUCGAUCGAUAGCUUACGAGGAAGUCAGAUGUUUUGAUUUCCAUCCAUCUUAAAACAACCAAUAGAUUACUUUUUCUGGAAAUACAAUAUAUAAUCUUACUUCUACUCAAAGUCACGGGAGAAAAAAAAAUCAUACUAAACCUAUUCACUUACUUAUCGUAUUAGUAUCGCUGCGAAAAAAAGUAAACAAACAAAAGCAAAGAUGUAAGAAAGCUUAGCUCAAUUUUUGUUACAAUAUCUGAAAUUACUGGAAGGGGUACACCUAAAACUGUAAUAUUUUCGAAAAGUAAGCUUGCCACAUUACACUAAUCUCUAGCAAAAAAAAACUCUAGUAAACAAAUAACACAGCAAAAACAAACAAACACGAAUAUAUUCGUACUGUUACCAAAACACAGCUGUAGAAAGGAGGAUUUUCCUACAACAACCAAACUGAAGAGUCUACGAAAGCUCAUUGAAAAGUGAUACUGCUAGUCACCGAUUGACAGACGAUAAAGGAAGCUCCCAACAUCUGGCCUCUUACCACUGUGCUGAGUUAUAUUUAGUCAUGAAAUUUAAAAAUAAAAGUGAGAAAAUAUCCACUUAUCCACUCAAUUUAGAUUGUAUAAUCUGUGGCUUGUUUGACAUAGUCAAAGACCAUUAAUAAGCUUGAUCUUAUCUCGAAAAAUAAAAAUAAAACGAUAUCAUUGGUCUCCUUUUGGGUCGCUUACUGUUCAGUUGGGAAAAUAUUAAAAUUAAAAAUCGAAAAUCACUUAGAUGUUGAUAUGUUUGAUACUUAAAGGAAAAUAGCAACAUUCAAGUGGACAAUUGGGUUAUAGUAAAGAUGGGCAAGCAAAGAUCGUUAUCUCUUUUAGUGUUGAUACAUGAUGCAAGCGAAUAUUUACCGAACAGGAAAACAAAGUAAAGAAAUAGGACAACAAACGCAGUGAAAAUAACAGCAAAACUUUAGCAAACCAAGUAUUUUACAUGAUAUUUAAGGUAAACAAACAUCUAAGCAAGGUGAAUAUUAUACUGAAUCGAUGUAACAUUUGCGAAACUAUCAAAUAAAUGCUUAAUACAAAAGUAAA